UCACCCAGGGGUGCCAGGCACUGGGGUGGCACUGGGGCGGCACUGGGGCUGUCACGGCUGUCACGGUGGGGUUUGCUCCCCUCGGGGCUGGCGGCGGUGGGUGGAAGCUGAGCAGGCUCAUCCAAGACGUGAGAUCCAUUUACACCCUGGCUGCUCUGCCUGGCGCUCCCCGAGGUUUUGGCUCCAUCAAGGAGCUGACCCGGGGCUGUGGCAGCCCAGGCCAUGCCCAGGACCUUCUCCUCUGCUGGCUUGGGAAGCACAUCUCUGCCUUCACCGGGUGCGAGUCGCUGGCAGAGCCGAGCUGCCCCCGUUCCUCCCCCUCUCCCCAGGAUCGGGGUCCCCGGCCCAGUUUGAGACGCCCCCCGGCACUGGGAGCACUGGUUAGGCUGGGAGCGGCCAUGAGGGACACGCCUGGAGCUGGAUCCCUGCGGAGCCUCGUCCAGCUUGCCUGGCUGUGCCUCCUCUCCUCCGUGCCGCACGGAGGGGCCAAGGUGCUGGAGAAGACCUUCGAGGAGUGGCUGCGGUACCGUGACGAGUGCCUGAGGAGGAUGGCGAGCGAGCCCUACCCGGCAGGGCUGUUCUGUAACAGGACAUUUGACAUGUACGCCUGCUGGCCCGAUGGGAGCCCUGGCACUGCUGUCAACGUCUCCUGCCCCUUCUACCUGCCCUGGUUUGAGAAAGUGAAGCACGGGCUGGUGAGCCGCAGGUGUGGCACCGACGGCCAGUGGGUGACAGUGAACGGCAGCCAGCCCUGGAGGGACUACUCCCAGUGCGAGGAUGAGCUGGAGGUCACUGCUGAGGAGGAAGGCGCCCGCCGGCUCAUGGUGAGCUUCAAGGUGCUCUACACCGUGGGGUACUCGCUGUCACUGCUCACCCUCAUCUCCGCCCUGCUCGUCCUCACCGCCUGCAGGAACCUGCGCUGCACCAGGAAUUACAUCCACGCCAACCUGUUCGCCUCCUUCGGGCUGCGCGCCACCUCGGUGAUGGUGAAGGACGCGCUGCUGGAGCGGCGCUGGGGCGUGGAGCUGGUGCAGGUGGCCGACUGGGAGGCUCUGCUGAGCCACGAGGCAGCGCUGGGGUGCCGCGCGGCGCAGGUGCUGAUGCAGUACUGCAUCCUGGCCAACCACUACUGGUUCCUGGUGGAAGCUGUCUACCUCUACAAGCUGCUCAUCGGGGCCGUGUUCUCCGAGAAGAAUUACUACAGGCUCUACCUCUACCUGGGCUGGGGGACUCCCGUGGUGUUCGUGGUGCCCUGGAUGGCCGCCAAGUACCUGAAGGAGAAUGCGGAGUGCUGGGCACUGAACGAGAACAUGGCUUACUGGUGGAUCAUCCGCAUCCCCAUCCUGCUCGCCUCCCUGAUCAACCUGCUCAUCUUCAUGCGGAUCCUCAAGGUGAUCCUGGCCAAGCUCCGGGCCAACCAGAAGGGCUACGCCGACUACAAGCUGAGGCUGGCCAAAGCCACCCUGACCCUCAUCCCUCUCUUCGGGAUCCACGAGGUCGUUUUCAUCUUCGCCACGGACGAGCAAACCACGGGCAUCCUGCGCUACGUCAAGGUGUUCUUCACCCUCUUCCUCAACUCCUUCCAGGGCUUCCUGGUGGCUGUGCUGUACUGCUUUGCCAACAAAGAGGUGAAGUCCGAGAUGAAGAAGAAGUGGCAGCUCUGGAAGCUCGACCACCCGGUGCUCUGCUGUGCCCAGUGAGGUGGUGACCAGCCAGGGUAGAGGGGCUGCUGGCCACAGUGACCACAGGGCCUGGCUGGAGAGCAGGAGGCUGCAGGAAGCUGUGCUGGGCAGUGCCCACCCGGGAUGGCCAGGCUGGGAUGAGUGUCUGGCUGUGCCACACUGGAGCUGCUGGAAGGGACAUCCCUGCUGUGACCCGAGUGGGAGGUGGCACCCCUGGCUCUUGCAGGCAUUGCUGUGUGUGCAGCCCUGCUGCUUCUCCCCGUGCCUGAGCACCUGCAGAGCCUGGCAGCCUCCCUCAGGACACCUCCCACACAGGGAACCCCUGGGACACCCACACCCCCCUGGGCACCUGUGGGAUCACAGCAGGCAGGGGCAGCCUGGCCCUCGGCAGUGGCAGUGGGAGAUGCUGUCACACCCUGUACCCUGGGCCACGCCACAGCCGGGGCUUCCCUGUCCCUGUGUCCCAGCCCAGGGCCAGCUCACCAGGCGUCCACAGCCACCCUGUAAAGCUCGGCUCAGCGAGGGGCUGCUCCUGCUCCCAACCUCAUCACUGACACAGAACAGCAGCUCCCAUCCUCUCCUCGCUGCUCUGCAGGUGCACAAACCCCUGGUGCCCCUGCCAUGGGCAGAGCCAAGGAUGGAGCCUCAAAACCACUUGGGAGUGAAGGAUUUGAGAGCAGCAACUCACUGGGGCAGAGCCCAACCUCCCCCGUGCCAGUUCAGCAUCCAGCCCAGCCUCCCCUGCUUUGCGGAGGGAAAGCUGCAUUGCCAGCCUGGCAGGAGCUCAGGAACCAAAGGCUGGCCAAAGGCUAAAAUCCUGGGAGUUUCCUUUCCAGUGGGGUGCCAAAGCAUCAUCCCCCCCAGCCAAGCAGGCUGUGGAUCCCGGGAAGCUCAGGAGCAAGGGAAGCAGCCGAGGUGGUGUGGUUUGAGCACGGCUGCUCCUGUCCUGGUCCUGUGCUGGCCUGGAGGAGCUGGAGACACCCCCAGCCCCAGCCCCUUGCUCUGGCCCAAGGGAGCAGCACGGACACUGCCAGAGCUCGUUCCCACCACAUUCCUUCCUUUCUCGAGUCCCCUCCAGGCUGGAGGAAGCAGCUGGGAGGCUCCAGGAGAUGCCCAUGGACACAGGAGCUUCUCCAGACCCUGUCCUUCCCCGAGGGGCUGGGGGAGCCUCUCCCAGUGCCUCAGGGAGGAGCUGCCUCGAGCACACAAAGCAAAGAGGCUGCACCAGCCUGGACCUGGAUCGAUGGAAUCCCCACAAGACCAAUUUACACAUUAACUCUCUUCUCAGAUGUAAAUAAAUAUUUAUUUUUCAACAA